GGUUAGUAAGAUGUCUUCACACAGCGCCCCCUAGAGGCGGAUGUGGGUGAUGCGGCGGAGAAGGAAUGCGGAGCUCUCAUAGUACAGGCGGUCCGGGGGAAGAGCGGAGCCGGGUGAUGAUCGGGAGAUCUCCAUCUACAGCCCCGAUCCCCGCACACACCGCACCGCUUCCAUCACCUCCCUCUACCGGGACCGAGCACAGCCCAGGGCGGAGGAGAAGACGGAAAGUCGGCGGAGAGCCGGGACUGAGUGCGGACACAUGGACAAAUACACAGCCCUGCAGCGUCUUCUGACCGAGCUGGAAGAUUUCCUGCGCAUCCUGGACAAGGAGAACCUCAGCAGCGCCGCCAUCCUGAAAAAAUGUCUGCUUUCCGAAAUCCUCCAGAUGUACGUCAAAUCCAACAGCAGCUGCGAUGAGGAAUAUAUUUACAUGAAUAAAGUGGUGGUGUCUGAGCGCAAGGAGGAGGCGGGGAAAUCCAAUUCAGCAGCUGAAAUUUUAGACAAUCCAACCAAAGAGGUUCUGACAAAUGGGACGACCGCACAGCACGCCGCACCGCCACAGAAGUGUCUCCCUGACCUCCCGCCUCCAAAAGUCCAGGAGACAGUACAGGUGUCUGCAGUCAAGGCUGAAUCUCCGGAGGGGUACUAUGAGGAGGCUGAACCCUAUGAUGCAUCCGUUAACGAAGAUGGAGACGCUGUCAGCAGCUCGUACGAGUCAUACGAUGAAGAAGAAAACCUGAAAAAGUCAUUGGCCCAUCAACACCAAUGGCCGUCCACAGAGGCGUCCAUCGAGCUGAUGAAGGAUGCUCUGAUCUGUGCAUUUCUUUGGCGGAAGAAGUGGCUGGGCCAAUGGGCCAAACAGCUCUGUGUUAUCAAAGACAACCGACUGCUGUGCUAUAAGAGCUCCAAGGAGCACAGUCCUCUGCUGGAUGUGUGUCUGAUCGGCUGCACUGUCACCCACAAAGAAAAACAAGUGCGCAAGAAGGAGCACAAGCUGAAAAUCACUCCUACCAAUACUGAUGUCAUAGUGCUGGGAAUGCAGAGCAAAGACCAGGCCAUGCAAUGGCUGAAGGUCAUCCAGGAUAUUGGCGGUCUACAGACGGACGCGACCCCUGACAUCUCGCUGAGCACGCCGGACACUCUGCGUAACAGCCAGACCAAGGGAGAAAUCACAGACAGAUACUCGGCAGCUUCUGAAAGUGGGAGCAGCACAGACGGGCACCCCGAGACUGCAGAUGUGAAGGAAGUGAAGAAGAAAGGAACAUCUGGCCUCAAACUCAGCAACCUCAUGAAUCUGGGCAGAAAGAAGUCGUCCUCCAUGGAGAGCCCAGAGAAGAGCCUGGAGACCUCCAAUUACCUGAAUGUGCUGAUAAACAGCCACUGGAAAUCACGCUAUUGCUGCAUUAAGGAAGGGCAGCUCCACAUCUUUCAGGAAAGAAAUAAGAGCAAAGCCGCCCUUCAGCCCGUGUCCCUGCUGGGCUGUGACAUCAUUCCGCAACCAACGCCGGACCACCUCUACUCCUUCCGCAUCCUGCAUAAUGGGGAGGAGCUGGCCAUGCUGGAGGCGAAGUCCUCGGAGGACAUGGGACACUGGCUGGGUCUUCUCCUCUCGGAAUCCGGUUCCAAAACUGACCCGGAGGAGUUUGAUUACGAUUAUGUGGAUGCUGAGCGCGUCUCCUGCAUUGUGAGCGCAGCAAAGAACUCCUACUUUUUGAUGCAAAGGAAAUAUUCUGAGCCAAACACAUACAUUGACAACCCGCGAGGUGGGAGGAGCCAGCAGGAUGAUCUCUACGAUGAUGUCGACGUGUCAGACGCAGUGGAGGAGGAGCCAAAAACAGAGGCUCCAAAAGAACUAGAGGACCACACCUACCUGGACCUUCUACCAGGAAAGUCCUUCCUACACAGUGCCGGGAUCAAAGGUCAUGAUAGAAGCCUGGCAAGCUCUCCAGGACCAGAAAUUGCCAAAGCAAAGGAUGUGGAACCGGAGUCCGCCUUGUGUAGUGAUCCGGAGCCGCCAUGUCCUGUCCAAGAGGAAAUGGAACCCAGCGCAGAGGAGAUGUCUCCCGGCCUGCAGGUGAGAGAAGACACUGCGGUGACGGCGAGUCCACUGCUUGGGAAAAACAAGGCGGAUAAAGGAAGACCGACCAAUGCAGUCGCCAUUGAGAACAAAUUGGGCAAGAACCGCACGGAGGCGGAAGCCAGGCGCUUUACGGAGGUGAAGGAGAAGCUGGAGAAAGAGAGGGAAGAUAUUCGGGAGCAGCUGGCCCACCUCCGAAAAGAGAGGCGAGAACUCAAGGAGAACAUUGCUACCUGUGGUGACAAGAGUAUCCUGCCAUGCCUGGAGGAGAAGCUGAAGAGUAAGGAGGAGGAGUGCAAGCAGCGGGAAAACCAACGAGUGGAUCUGGAGCUGCAGAUUGUUGAAGUGAAAGAGAAUCUCAGAAAGGCAGAGUUGGGGCCGGUUACUCUAGGCACUGCAGUUGACCCGGCCCACCUGGACAGCAGUCAGUCAGUAAGUAUAAAGGUUAAAACCAACAGCCCGAGCCACAAUCCAGACUCCUCGCCAGUCAAUUGCGCAAUGGCACUCAAAGCCCGACCGUUGUCUAUUAUGACCACUGGCAAAGGCACUGUCCUACAGAAAGCCAAGGAAUGGGAGAAGAAAGGAGCCAGCUAGAAUUACAACACAAUAUUCUAAAUGGACUCUUGUGUCUGAUUGUCAUUUAAUUUAUGGGAUGUCAGAGACUUUUCACUUUGUGGUGAAGUACAACGGACCUCCAUCCUCCAGCAAGCGGGGGGCCUCUUUUUUUACAUUGCACAUGUUGGUGCUCCAAGGGACCAAAGCCAAGACAUUUGCCAUUUGUCCCCCCCCCCCUGUGGCAGUAGUGACCUCUUCUGGCAAAAUAGGCUGACUGGAGCCCCAGAGUGGUAUCUGUAGUGGACUCCCCCACUGUUUUAGCGCAUUUAGUCCAUGUCUGGGCAUUUGGAAUGUAUUUUUACGAUAGAGCAAGAUGCCCAUGAAACAUGGUGGAAACGUUAAUAAAAAAAAACUUUGCUAUGCUCGAGUUGGAGAAUACAGUUUACCUACAGGAAUGGAAGCAAGCAAAAAUUCCUUUGCCAUUUUACAUUGCCACUUAACUCACAUUUUAUGAUCUAUUUUAAUACAAAGCGCCCCACACAGGACUUUACAAUAUAUAACAAUAAGACUUUUUUUCUUGUGAAUAAGGUGGACGUACCUCAACAUUUUGUGCUGCGGAGCCAGGACAGAUCACAUUGUGAGGUUAUCAAUAGAGGAAGCCUCACAGAUAAUACUUUUAAAUUAACAAAAACUGACUUUUUAUACAAGAUGUACAAUCAGUCAAAACUGACAAUCGUGGAGUAGAUAUGGGACACAGACGACAUAUAGAAGAGAAUCGGGACACUGUGCUCCAUAAUUCUUCACAAACACCAAACUGCGUCCAGGACUGAGGACCAGCCAUGCACAGCUUCCCACAUAUUCUAUCAGAAGAAGUUUGUGUUCACAAAGUAUUUGACAGUAUUUUAUAAAUCCUAAAGGAAAAAUUAAAUAUAAGUCUAUAAAAUCA